CGCGGGAGUUGCUCGCAGGCUUAUAAACUAUUACUGGCUAAAGAGCGUGGGCGGUGGUCUCUCAAGAUGAGUGCCGUCCCGCUCCCCUAAGUCCUCUGGCGAACAUCUCCCCCCCCUUGGCCGCGCGCAGUGGUAGGAGCCGCGCGACGUCAUCCAUUGUUUACAAAUCAACCCGAGCCGGCAGCGUUCCGGCUCCCGCGGCUCUCAGGCGCACGGUGCUACUGCCCGUGGUCCCGGCUUCCGCGUCCCAGGCUCGGCCCUCGCCCGGCCCGGCCCGGGUUUCCGCCCCGCUCCCGCCCCAGCCGCGGCCCACCGAGCCCGCGGCCAACCGAGCAACCAGCGGACGCCCGCACAGCUGCGGGGGCCCGGGCGGGGGGCCAUGCCGUGCCGGAGGGAGGAGGAGGAGGAAGCCGGCGACGAGGCUGAGGGGGAGGAGGACGACGACAGCUUCCUCCUGCUGCAGCAGUCGGUGACUCUAGGCGGCUCGACCGACGUGGACCGGCUCAUCGCCCAGAUCGGCGAGACGCUGCAGCUGGACGCGGGGCACGACGGCCCGGCCUCGCGGUGUGCCGCCCCGGGGCCCCCGCCCGCGCCCCCGCGGGUCCUGGCGGCGCUGCCGGCGGACGAAGCCGGGGCCCCAACGAGGCGGCUGCUGCGGCCGGCGGGUUCAGCGGAGGCCGGGGACCCUGCGCCCCCGGGAGCUGUGCGCUGCGUGCAGGGGGAGCGCGGGCGCGUGCGGGGCCGGGCGGCGCCCUACUGCGUGGCGGAGAUCGCUCCGGGCGCCAACGCGCUUCCUGGGCCGGGGAGGCGAGGGUGGCUCCCGGGCUCCGUGGCUUCUCGGCGAACCCAGCAACGGCGGUGGACCGCAGGCGGAGCGCGCGUGGCCGAUGACGACCCGCACCGGCUCCUGCAGCAGCUCGUGCUCUCCGGAAACCUCAUCAAGGAGGCGGUGCGCAGGCUCCAGCGAGCGGUCGCCGCGGUUGCGGCCACGAGCCCCGCGAGCGCCCCAGGGUCCGGGGGUGGCCGAAACGGACCGGACUCUGUCACCCUGCAGCCUUCCGGUGCCUGGCUCUGACCUGGAGUCCCUGGAGGAGAAAGAGGACGCGAAACCAACUGUGUCUUGCCCCGGACAGUGCGGAGCUGGAGUUGUCGUCCAUCUCUCGGGCUACAGCCUCAAAGUUACCCAGCCGCGAGAGACUGUUAAAGAAAACGGACUCGACUGGACAGCACCGGCAGCCGAGUACCUGGGAUCUAUUGGGAGAACUGUGGCAGCUACUUGAUCCACUUGGACCUGAUUUAGCCUUUAUCGUGUGCUUGGAUUGUUUAUAGAUGUGGCUCGCAGUGGCGGGAAUCCGGAGGGCUUCUAACAAUACUUGAAAACCAAUAGUAGGCAUAAUAUAUGAUCUCGUUAUUUUCGGGUACAGAAGCUUUCUGAAUAUGGUGCUACAGUUGCAGAGCAUAGAGGUUCUAGGGUGAAGAACAUAAAACGUUGGCAGAUGGGUGGGUUGGCAACGCUUGCUUUCUCCAGCUUAAUUUGUGAUCGUGAAUGUGGGACCUAGUUGGUGAAUUCUUGAAGGUGGGGAAAGAUGAGUUUAAAUGGGGACAUGCGAAUGACUUGACCUUGCCAACCUGAACUCAAGGUCAGGUUGAUUGAGUGGAGUGUUAUGGGAUUCUUGGGAGUGCUAACCCCAGAUUUUUCUGGAUCCAAACACAGACCAGAGUGUCCCUUUGCCACCACUUGGAGUCUCCUGAGGACACAGGCCAACAGGGCCAUGUAGGAAGAGUUAUUUGCAUUUCCUGUGCUUUUUUUUUUU